GCGGCGGCGGCGGCGGCGGCGACGCUUCCUGCGGGCGCGGCCGCUGUGGGCGCGGAGCCGCGAGCGAGCGAACGAACGAACGAGCGAGGCGGAGCCGGCGGCCGAGGAGCCGAGCGCAGGUCCCGCGCAGCCCGCGCCGCGAACAAAGGCCGCCAUGAAGCCCGGGCCGCCGCGCCGCGGGACCGCACAGGGGCAACGCGUGGACACCGCCACCCAUGCGCCCGGGGCCCGCGGGCUGUUGCUGCCACCGCUGCUGCUGCUGCUGCUGGCCGGCCGCGCCGCGGGGGCUCAACGCUGGCGCAAUGAGAACUUCGAGAGGCCGGUGGAUCUUGAGGGCUCAGGGGACGACGACUCGUUUCCUGAUGAUGAACUGGACGACCUCUACUCGGGGUCUGGCUCUGGCUACUUCGAGCAGGAGUCCGGCCUUGAGACAGCCAUGCGGUUCAUCCCUGACAUGGCCCUGGCUGCACCCACCGCACCGGCCAUGCUACCCACGACCGUUAUCCAGCCCGUGGACACCCCGUUUGAGGAACUCCUUUCUGAGCACCCCAGCCCCGAACCAGUCACCAGUCCCCCUCUGGUGACAGAGGUGACAGAAGUCGUGGAAGAGCCUAGCCAGAGAGCUACCACCAUCUCUGCCACCACAUCUACCACUGAGGCCACCACCACAGGGGCCCCGACUAUGGCCACAGCACCUGCCAUGGCAGCCACCACUGCCCCUAGCACUCCCGCGGCACCCCCAGCCACGGCCACCACGACUGACGUAAGGACCACCGGCAUACAGGGGCUGCUGCCUCUUCCCCUGACCACGGCUGCCACAGCCAAGGCCACUACCCCAGCAGCACCCUUACUGCCCACUACUGUGGCUACCUUGGACACAGAGACCCCGACACCUAGGCUGGUCAGCACAGCUACCUCGCGGCCACGAGCCCUUCCUCAGCCAGUCACCACCCAGGAGCCUGAUGCUGCUGAGAGAACUACCCUGCCAUUGGGGACCACCGCUUCUGGACCCACAGAGGUGGCUCAGACCCCAACUCCAGAGUCCCUUCUGACCACCAUCCAGGAUGAGCCAGAGGUUCCAGUAAGUGGGGGGCCCAGCGGGGACUUUGAGCUGCAAGAAGAGACCACACAGCCGGACACGGCCAAUGAGGUGGUGGCUGUGGAAGGAGCCGCUGCCAAGCCGUCACCUCCAUUGGGGACACUGCCCAAGGGUGCCCGCCCAGGGCCUGGCCUCCACGACAAUGCCAUCGACUCGGGCAGCUCGGCCGCCCAGCUCCCUCAGAAGAGCAUACUAGAGCGGAAGGAGGUGCUCGUAGCCGUGAUCGUAGGUGGGGUGGUGGGUGCCCUCUUCGCUGCCUUCCUGGUCACGUUGCUCAUCUACCGCAUGAAGAAGAAGGACGAAGGCAGCUACACCUUGGAAGAGCCCAAGCAGGCCAGUGUCACAUACCAGAAGCCUGACAAGCAGGAGGAGUUCUACGCUUAGCAGAGCCACGGUGCCUCCUGCAGCCUUGACUCCGCCUUGCCCAGUCCCUGGCCCCAACAACAGCCCAGGCCUGAUCCUGGGCCUGGGCCUAGGCCUGGGAUGGAGCCUGGCCCUGCUUCCUUCUGCUCAGGCUGCUAGCAUAACACAGACUGUCCUAAGGAGCAGAGGUGCCACCAUCUACCCCAGACUGUGCCCUUAUGACCCUUUCUCUGGUCCCAUUCCCUCCAGCCUGGGGCUUCAGGAUCUUAUGUCCCAUGGACAAGAGAAAGGAAACCCUGGGUUGCUGGUUGAAAGAGGCAGGGCCAGGGUUAAGAUGACCCACAGUGCUUGCUGAUGUCCUCUUCUUGCUACAGAGACCACCAUGUUGGCUUCUAGAACCAAUAAUCCAUGGUACAUCUAGCCCUCCAAUUCAAAAUCAUCCAGAUGCUGUGGCCUCGAGCUGCUGUCCCAAGGCCUCUCUCAACAGGAGGGUGUCCUUUGUCACCAGCCUGAGCUCGCGAUGGGGUCACGGCCCCCUCUCCCCUGCCUAACGCACAUGUCCCCAGGCAGCACCUCUUUCUGCAUUGCCUCCCAGGGAAAGGGCUUCCUCAGGGCACCGGGCAGCCAGUGGUCAGGGAGGCCACUCUAGCGUCCCUCCUGAGAGGGGAUGCCACAUCGCCUCUGUCAUCCACUGCUAUAACCCUAUAAUGCAUUCACACAGGAGACAAAAACAUACCCAGUCCUGACCACCCGGCCAGCGAGACAUCACACACACGCACCACCUUCACGCAGUGCUCAGACAUCCUGACGCUUCUGCCAUGUAGGCCACUGUCAUCGUCACCAGUGGCGACCAUGCCACCUUCCUCCCAAUCUAUCUCUUUACACACAUUGGUCCUGCAUCUGGCUCCUCUAACCACCCGGGUCACUGAGGAAGGCAGGACCGAGUUGUAGGCAUCAGCCCAUAUUGGGUCCCCCAGAGUCACCCUAUUCCACUUGGUCCCCACCAUGACACCUAUACCAGCCACACUGAUGCUGAUCCCAGCUGAUGUCAGUCACAACCCCACACAGAUAAUGCAGGCUCUCCCUCCGCAAGGUGGCUCACAGAGAAGCUUGGGGCUAGCCUCCACCAGCCAAGUCUGAAGGAAGAAGGGAGCUAGGGUCUCCCAGGACCAAGGAGCUGUGUGGGUUGUCUCUGGUCUCCAUGUAUCUCCUUCUUUCUGCUCUGAGUCAGGAGCUGUCUCUGCCUCCCAGGACACGUGUCUCCAAAGUGCCUGUGAGGGCGGGCUCCGCCCAGGCCCUCUGUGUCCCCUGCCCUGCCCUGGCCUGGUGAGGCCAACCUCAGGCCUACCCACCCUGGGUCCUCUGUGGACACAACUGACCAGCCAACUUGGCAGUUCUGGCUACAACCAGAUGGACCCAUAGCCCAGCAGGCUCAUCCCAAUGCUGUAGGCCCUGAGCAUCAUUGAUGGGGACAAGGGUGUCACAGGUCUCAAGUCUACCAUCCUGUCUCUGUUAUCCUUAGAAGUGGGGCUAUUUCAGAGGUAUUUUAAAUGUGGGGUCGCCACUCUCUUUGUGAAAGGGGAGUGCCGAGGGAGCACUCAGCACCAAAGGGACACGGCAUAGGUAGUGAUUGGCCGGCACCCCUCCGCCACCUCUUACGCGUCCCAGGUUCAGUCAGGUGACCACAUGGUUUCUUUCUGUUUCAUUUUAAAGAUUCCCUGACAGCAGAGUUGGGCAGAAAGAAAAACCGCAUCUGGGCAAUGGGACAGGAUCUAAGCAAUUGGCACAGCUUGUCUUUCUGGGGUAGGGGUGGGAGUGUCCCUCUAUCAGGCUGUGUUUUGUCUUCCAGACCCCCAUGACUCCCUUGAUGGGACUUUAGGUCUUUGUAAGCCCGUCAGCCAGGUCUUUAAGGAGGGGCAGGAAUGAGAGGAGUCUUAGGCCCAUGAGACAUGGAGGAGGGAGCUUGGCAGAGAUCUUCCCUGCAGCAGGAGCUGGGUAGGGCGGAGAGGAAAGCCAGUCUCCCGGACUCUCCCACUACCCCCUGGUAAGCUGCAGUCUUGGGGACUAGAGCUUUGGAGGGAAAGGCUUGGCAGCUGCGGGAGGCAGCCUCCAGGUGCUCAGCCCAAGGGGACACCAGGAUCAGGGCAAGAGGCCCCAGCUUCUGUGUUGGGCUAGAGCUCACUUCUCACAUCUCAGGGUGGCUCCGGCCCUGGGGCUGUGGGUUUGGCCCUCCUGGUACCAGCACUCUUAAGGUGUCAGCAUUUGAGAGAAGACGCUGUGGGCCUUAAGUAUGGGGUCUAGGCUUUAUGCCCGUGAUGUUUGACCUGAAGGUUAAUGGUGUGAGCAGCCCAGAUACACUGAGCUAGCCUGGUGAGGCCAGGACGAUUUAAGAGAACUCAGUUCCAAGGGUGAACUGAACUCUUCCUAGUGCAAUGUGGGUGUGGGGUUCCCACCCUGCCCCCAGAAACAGUGCGGUACAUGCAGAGCCUGCCUAAAGGAGUCCAGAGUCACCUCAGUGCUCCUGGGAAGGUAUUCAGGACACCGGCAUGCCUGGAAGCAUAGUGCGGUCUGAAUCCGAGGAGUUGAUGUGUCCUGGACCUCUCUGGGCCCUGGUUUCCCUAAUGAGUAAGACGUGCUGGGGCCAGAGAGCUGAAGAGCUAAGCUUUGUCUCUCUUGGGGGCCAGACUAGGGACUUUAUGUGCAAGGUUGAUUCCCCCUUGAUUGCCAGAGGCAUGUGGGUGACAGCCAGGACUGGCUGAGCAGAUCUGAGUAGCAAGAGCUUAGGAUGCUGGGGCCAGAUCCCCAGGUCUUAGCUUAGCUACCCAUCAGGCCUCCAGGCUGGGGCUCGUGCCACAGAAAGCAGAGCCAACGCUGCUUUCAGGGCAGGGGUGGCUGCCUAGGGUGCUCUGGCUUUCUCCUGGGAUGUGCCUCCCCAGCCUUGGUGUCUGUAAAUAGAAGCCCACACUGUACAGAUCUACAGAGAGGCCCAAACUGGGCCCUGGAGUCACCAUCUGAGGGGCUGAUGGCCUGGCUUCCCCCAGGUGCCCUCUGGGUGCUUGGGUAUGCCUGGCCCUGGCGUGGUGAAUGCAUGUAAAUACUUUUCGUAGACAGUGUGGCUCCAGAGAGCCCCCUGAGACAGUGUGUCCCCCACCCCCUGGUUCAUCCUCUCUCCUGUACAGAGCCCUCCCAGCCUCUGGGCCACCAGGAACAGAGGUUUCCUUCCUUCCCCAGGUUUUUCCUACCCGUUCUCUCCCUAUAACCUGUUUAUUAACCAACCCUGUCCUGAGUUCAUGGCCAAAAUUUAAAUAAGAAAAGGAGGAGAGGGUCAGAUGGAUAAAGAUAAAGAUACCAAGGCCUGGUCCAUCCUACCAUGGGCGCUCGUCCACCCCUGGCUUGGGAAGGACAGGGCUUGCUUUGUUUUGUUUUCUGUUUGUUUUGUUUUUGUUUUUUUAACAUUUCCCUGUGCUGUGCCCAUUUAUAAGAGGAAAUAAAAUUAAGCUGAAAGA